UGAGCAGCUUUUGCAAAACUAUUUGUAACCUUGGAGUUUUUUUGGAUGCUCUCUCUGUUCAAAGAUUUUUUUUACAGAACAUUUAUUUAAGUGGAUUAUUAGGCUUUUCAGGUUUUCAGUCAAAAUGAAACUGGUUCUUCAAAUUGUCCCUCUCUACUGGAGUUUAUUAAUUGUAUUUGUCCUUAAUGUGGAGACGACAAAACUGGACUUAACUUCAGAACUGAAAAAAAGGCUAAACACAUGGACCUUGAACAGGGUGAAAAGGGAUUUGAACAGCUUGCCCAGCUCUGAGCUGAAAGGACUGGACACCAACAAACAGCUGUAUGUCCAGCCUGAAGAUAUGAAAGAUUCUUUGACUCCCCAUUCCAGUACUGGUAUCAAUAUCCGUGUGAAGAGGUACAGGAAUUCUGUGAACCACUUCCAGUCCCUGAGAUCAGGAUGCCACCUGGGGACCUGUACAGUGCAUGAGCUGGCCCACCGUCUCUACCAGCUCACAGACAGGGACAAGGACAACACUGCCCCGCUGAGCAAAAUGAGCCCCACAGGUUACGGGAGGAGAAGGAGAUCAGUGCCGGAACAGAAAGUCAUCUUUCAGCUUUUGGGGAGGAAGCUGCAGCCAGUUUGGUCCGGGACCAGCAACCGAGUAGGGAAACUGCAAGAAAUCCUCAAACGGACUUGAGGGGAGCGCAGCGCUUAUCAAAACUGAAACUCCAACAAAUUCCAAAAUUCUACAGAUGCCUGAGACUCCCGCCAAGUCCAUUCAGUCACGUUUUUCUUUUUUGUUUUGUUUCCAAGGCGGUGGAAAUGUCUUGAGGACUGACUUGUAAUGUCAGAAGUGUUUAGCAGACUAGAACCAGGCGGAUGAAACUAACUAGGGUGAAGUUGGGACUUGGCUAUACGGCACUGCAGUGCAAGCACUGAUUAACUGUCAGUGACACAGGACAGAGUCAUAAUCUAUGCCAGUGCUCAGGCUGAGGGCAGCCGCUGCAGAAGUAAUUUCACUGGAGUAGAUUUAUCUACUUUGCAUGGAUUCUGAAAGUAUUGCUGCGUUCUAUUACUCAUUUGAAAAAGGAGAAAUGUGCAUCCAAAUUUAGAAAUUACCAGCAGAUAGUUGUUGUUGUGAUUAACACUCCAACUCAUUCAUCCAUUUAAGCUAAAAACUGGUUCUGGUCUCAAACACCAGCAACCAGAUGACCCCCCCCCCCCCCCUGCCCGCCCGAUAAAAUAUAGGCAGAGAGUUGUUGUUUUGUGUUAAAACAUCUUGGGUUUGGACACUGUAUGGUGAAAAAGAUUGUUCUUUAGAUUCCCUCAAUGGGGAAUCUUUACAUUAAAAAAUAAAUAAAUAAAUAAAUAAAUAAAUAAAAUAAGCCAGUCCAUAACGGAUUGCAUCAUACUUGAACUUAAUCUUUAUAGAGAAAAGUGCAAUCUAUAUAUUUUAUUGCCUGUUGUGUAUAUAACGUAUUAAAAUGUCGAUAUUUAAGUGUUAUAUUUCUGUUUCUCGUAACUGUACUUCUGGAGAUAGAGUUAUUUUUAUACGUGAAUAUAUUAUGUAUAAGGGCAUUGUAGCAUUUUCUUUUUAUCAUUUGUUUGUAUCAUGGAUGUCAAGUGUUAAAAACUGGUAGUAAACUUCUCUUUUUUUGAACAUGCUAGACUUGUUAUUAUAAAUUUGUAUAUGUGUUGUUUAAUCUAUUUUGUCACGUGUAAUAUGGUAAAACAAUAAACAUAUUUGCAUAUA